CCUCGGUUCAUUCCUUCACUCUGUGCGCCUGCGCAGUUCUAAAGAUCUGAUUGCGUCCUGACAGUUUGAAAUUCAACUUUAAAUUUAAAAAUGCUGAGAGAAAUACGGCAGGUGCUGAGGCUAAUCAAGCUGAUGGGAAAACAAAACGAACGGUCUGGUUUAAAGACUGUUGGUGGACUUUUAGUGCUUUUAUGGACCGAAAAAGGCUCAUCCUCUCAAAGAUUAAACUGCACUGUUGCAGCUGCUGGUCCCUGGUGUGUUGGAGUUGAAUUGCAAGCCCUUCAACCUGAUUUGAAAAAGAUCCUGUUUCCUGGUGUGGGGCCCUGUCCUGAGCCGGAUCCUGAGGAGCUGAGCACCUUCACGGAUCUGUUUGGAUCACUCCAGUUCCUGUUGACUUUUCAGAUACAUUUUCCAGGACGUUACUCGUCCAAAUGGCAGGCUCAUGUUAAGACGUUUCUUCAGACUUUCAGUUUGACCAAUGCUGGGAUAAGAAUCCACCUAAAAUUUAAACUCCAUGAACAGAAAUCACAACAUGAGUUUAGAGUUUUCCUGAAAAGUAAAGUUACCCUAGCCGUCCCUCCACCUCUGAUCUUGGACGUCACUUGUUCUGCACAAGCUCCAUGGUGCAAUCAGAAAGGACCGUGGUGUCAGGGAGGACAUCCUGUCGUCGGAGAAAGGUUCCCACUCAGCAUCCCACCCAAAGCCAUGGAUCAAGGCCUGUUCGGAGAGCUCAGUGCCCAGAUUGUUACGCUGCUGAGCCCCUGUGUGCUGCAGCACCCUAAUUUGCCUACAGAGCUAUCUCGCAUGCAAGUGUUGGUAUACAGCCCUAGUAACAUCCUAGUUCCAGCUCCAUCUGGCUUCUUCCAGACCCUUCCUGUUGCUUUGGACUACCAGCAGCUGGGACUGGACAGAAUCCACUGCUCCUCCUUCAAUGGUAAACAACCACCACCGCUGGGAGAUCAACAUGUACCGACAGCCAGGAUGCAGUCAUCCCAUGGGGAUCAGGUGCACGAGGGUGGAGUUGUGUACAUUGUGGAGCAAGAGAACUGGGAUGAUCCAAGGCAGGAUUCCAGUCAUCUCCCAGUUCAGCAGAGUCUCCUAGUCUGCCUCUUCUUACAGCAUAGUGACCCCUUCACCUCCGACUUUACGGAUAUAUUGGCUGGUGAGUUGUUGUUAGAGCGCCACCUGGAGGAUAUUCUAAGCAACAACAGACAGGCCGUCACAUCAGCUCUGCAGGAUGAACUUUUCAACACAAUGAAAGAUUCAAAACAAAGAAAAAAGAAACAAGAGAAGCUGCAGUCAGCUGCUGAGGUGAUCCUCAGUUCCACCAUCAGCAUAGUGAGCUGCAGCAGCAACAUGGACUUCAGAAAGGCCUGCUUGCAACACAUGAAGGUACGUGACACUCAUGAGUUAUCAGCCUCCCUCAGAGAGUCUUUGUGGAGAGUGACGACAUGGAAAUUUGUCCCUAAAGUCAGGUGCUAUUCUGCUCAGGUCAAAGGUCAAGCUGAGAGUAAUGAGCCCACGAGAGCUGAGAUCUGAAUGCUUUUUCCCCUUCUGGCUGUGAACACAGGCCAGAAAUGAAAGUAUUUGUGCUGACUAAAGUUCGCUUCUUUUACUGCAAUAAUUUUGUGUUUCUAGUACGCUGUCAAACAUAUUCUACACCACAAUGUAUGUGACUGUGGGUUUUUUUGUGCUACCAUGGAUCUAAGUUGUAGAUUUAGGGUCUAAUUAAUCCUAAUAUGUUUUGAACUAGACUAACUUGUCUUUGAUGGUCAUUGCUUAAAUAAAUUGUGUAUAAAACAUCUUCUAAAA